AUGAAACCUGGCCAAAGUAUUACGGCCGACACCUACUGUGCCCAGAUUGACAAACUGCGACACAAUCUUCCAACAAUGGUCAGAAGGAGGGUUCCGAUCAUUCUGCAGGAUAACGCACGGCCCCAUGCUGCAAAGAAGACCGUGGCAAAAUUCAGGGAACUGGGAUACGAAGACUUGGAGCACCCUCCUUAUUCUCCAGACUUGGUUCCAACGGACUUUCACCUUUUUAAACACUUGUCUUCGUUUCUUAAUGGGAGAAUCUUCAAAACUCCAGACGAUGCCAAGAAUGCCUUCAAGAACUUCAUCAACUCCAGAAACCCGGAAUUCUACAAUCGUGGAAUAAAAAAGCUUGUAAAUCGUUGGCAAGACUGUAUAUUCAGACGGUAAUUACUUUGAUUGAUUGUAGUUGUUAAUUAUAUUGUUAUUAUUGUUAGUUCAAAAGUGGAUAAAUAUUGCAGAACUUUCCGGACACCCUAAUAAUAUUAAUUUUUACAAAAGUUAUAACUUGUAAAGUCAGCGGAAGUUUAUAGUUAGGAUACCUAAUAGCUUUGUACGCAAUUACAACCAUAUAAUCCAUCCAAACCUCUAUCAUGUACCCAUAGCUCCCAAUAUUACAUAAAAUUUUCAGUUAAACCGUCACGCUUCUCAAUGUGGAUCAGAUUCUAGCCUUCAAGACGUCUUCCAACCAUCAGAUUACUCUAAAAGCGCUUGUCAAUGGCUGGCCAAGAUCAAAGACGUCCGGGAAAGAUGUCAUUGUGAGCCUGUUUUGUCACCACGCAAUCGAAAAAUGUUCCAAAACACAACUGGUAGUAAAACCUUUGCUGAUAAUGAAAAUACGGUCGAUUUAGCGACUGGUCGAAAGCCUGACACUGAAUACCCUAUCUGCACCAUCGCUGAUGAAGUGUUUUGUGUGCAGAGUGUCUUGGUGAGUUAACAAUCUUUGUUCUUCUAUAGCCUGUAGCCAAAAGAAUUAACGCCACAAUAAAAUAUUUGAAGGUCGUCACAUUAUGUAUACAAUCAGUUGUUACCUACAAUAGUAAAAAACAUAAAACAUAUUUGAACCUUACAGGAAGAACCAAUUAGUGAAAAGACCCAAAAGUUCUUGACCAGCUGCGUGAAUGAUUGUGAUGAAGUUUCAUUUACAACCAUCGUAUUUGGAAAUGAUCUCCAUUCGUCUGAUAUUACCCAUUACCUACCUGGAGAUUGGGAAGAUGAGAAAGAAAAGAGAUUGGCCAACUUUCAGGUAAUCAAACGUCAUUACUAAGCAUGCUUCAACAUUCUAAACACGAAGUUAUGUUAGGAUAACCCGAUUUUUCAAAAUUUUAAAUUUUGGAAAUCUGCGCAGUGCAAUUAAUAAAAACAUUCAUAAAUAGGUACAAAGCACAGAAUAACAUAAAAAAUAGCAUGAAACUGCCGUAAACAGUAAAAAAAUUAAUAUUCCACCUUUUAAAACCUAUAUUUCCAGCUAGCUCUUGAAAACUUACCUAAAAACCGAAUAUCAUUGGUCAGACAUAUUCAAAAGCUUGCUGAUGAUGCUAAACACUUUAUGAACGAGUCAAUCAGAAUCUUUGGAGUCAAAAAAGAAUCCGAAGACGCUGUUUUCCCAUGUUUCAACACUUCACAAGGUUUAUAUCCAUCAGAAGUCUAUGAGUUUCAUCAAAAAGAAUCGCUUUGGAAUGGGCUCAAUGAGUAAGUGGAAUAUAACAACUUUUUUGGGCUACUAAAACUAUUAUAGAACUUCACUAGGUCAAGAAAUAAGGGUAAAGGUUAGCAAAAAAAAUUAUUUGGGCCAUGAAAUUGUGCUGGGAAGAAAAGACAGCUUUCAGCGUAAAAAGAGUUUGCAGUCUGCAACGUUAUUAUCACACAUAGAGCGCGAGACGGCAUUCUCAUUUCGGUUGUAAAAUUACAGCUGUAGUAGCUACAGCAAAUUAUUAUUGUGCCAAGAAUAAUAUUUUAGAUGAAGUAUAAAUAUGUUUUAGAUUCCUAGAAACCGAGUUUCCAGUUCAUUUCGCCAAAUCUCUAAAGCUGUUCAACUUGGAGUUGGAUCAGAACCUCCGGCUUCGUGACGACUAUGAUUCUUCGGAGAAAAGCGAAGAAACUUAUCUCACAAUGUCGACCGAGGCCUUGUAUUAUUUACGGGUAUUUGAGAAUCAAGCCAAUUCAGGAAGAGGAGUGAAAGGGCUGGAUUCGAUUCAAUCGUUCGAGAAAAGAGCUGUAGGUCGUCAUCUUCUGAAUUUUCUCAACAAGCUACAAGAAUGUGUAGUUAAGAUACAGUUUAAGCCGCCAGAACAAGCAAGGAAUUUGACGAAACCGUGCAGAAAGGUUAGAAAAUGGGGAUGUUUAGGGAAAUAUUGUGUUGAAGUAGAGGUUUAGGUAACAAAACGCAGAAUUUUGAUGAAAAGUUUUGGAUUUUGCAGAUAAAUGAUUAUUUGAACUGUAAAAAUAAUCCUUUAAAGCUUUUUUUUAAUCUUAAAAUACGUUAUCUUGAACUUACAUAACUGAUAGUUCGACUUCAAGACUUUUGUUACCUAAAACUUGUUCUAAGACUAAAAGUCUUCCUUGAUUCGUGAAUAUAUUCAGAUGCUGCUCUCGUAUCACUCGGUGCUGUUCAAUGCUCGAAGUGUUGCCAAAACUAUCUCCACCGAGGCUUUACAAGACUUUGACACCGGAGUAAAGGGCCUUACAGCUGUUCUGAGAAAAUUGAAAUACGGUAUUCCUGGCAGCAUAUUUACCAUCAACAACUAUAAUGUGGACUUGAGAAUGUUUCGAAAGCUGUACAAGUGAGUCAUGCUUGUUUUUGUGUAGUUUGAUGCUAUUUUGGACCGUUUUUCAUUGUAAAUUCUAUAGUCUGUGUUGGGUUGAGGUGUAUAUUGAGGAUGGUUGUUUGUUUUUAUAGCUUUGAGGUGUUGCAAAACAUGUGGCAAGAAUUAUACAUGUUCUUUGAUAUUAUACUGAAUUUUUUAUUAUACAGUAUUUAUAAAACUCACAAUAAGGUUGUAUAAUAGGCUGUAAGAUACAAAGAAUCAUUGUGACGUAGCCUAAAGCGUCAUUCUCAUAUCCCAAAUCAUAAUUUUCAGAGAAGGAGGUCAAGGAAAUGAGUUACUAGUGGAGCUGUUGAGAUUCCGAAAAUUUAUUCAAUCUGGAGCUGUCGAUGAAAUAAAGAAGUUUGUCGACGCUGUUGAAGUAGCCGUAGAAGCCCGAGAAGACGUGAUAAAACAGCUUGACUUAAGGCCAGAGAGAGGCGCGGUCCAGCCAAUGAAAUUUGCUCAAGAAACUGCCAAAUGUAUGGCUAAAAUGGUCGAGGAAAUCGAAGUUAUUAGAGUAGGUUUUUGGAGGAAAAUUGAAUUUUUAACAUCUAAACAUCAUUAAGGUCGACGUAUUUUACACUCUAAACUUUUAGAAAAGCCCCAUGAUCCGAGCUGAAUUGAUGUCGCGUAUUAUACACGCAGUAACUGUAGCUCAGUCCUAUUCUCCAGGGCCUGAGUAUGAUCGGUAGGUUCGCUCAGCUAAAAUGGCUACAAUAUACCUGUUAAACUUCCAGCGAUAAUAUACCUUUUUAAUAACCAAAAGUCAAUAAUUUUAAUCUUUUAGCCAAAAAAAUUAAAUUGUAAAAUUUAAAAACGAUUUCAGGGUAAAUCUGCUGUUCCUAAAGAUAUAUUUUGCUCACUUCAAAGAAGAAAUCAUCACUCAAGAACGCUCGUACAAUGUGUUUCUGUUGUUGGCCGAGAUCGGAGGUACUAUUGGCUUGUACGUUGGUGCAGCCUUGUUGAGUGUAGCCGAAACGGUGGUAUUCUUCUUCGAAAAACACACUUUAAACCCUACCAUUUUUAAACAUCCGGCAUAG